AUGACUAUUGGGAGCAUCAGAUCUCCAAAUUCAAAGCACAACGAGAAUGUCGCACUUGAGUCGACAUUCGGUGAGAUAACGGCCACCAACACUUUCAGAGAACUCGACAUGGACUUCACCAUGGUAUACAACUUCUGCGAUGACACCAGCCGGACGGGCCUGGAGGCUAAACAUCUUGCGCAAAAGCAAGACGCUAUUUUACGCGGUCAUGAGCCUCGGCACCUUCUUUUUCACUCUCAUCUUGUCAAGCGAGAAUAUCUCCAGUCACGAAAGAUAGAAGCGGAACGUCUGGAAUCGACUUAG